UCAAGAAUGUCAUUCUCCAAUGCUAAUGACAGUCUCCCAGACACUCUUUUCCUGACAGGGAUCCCAGGGCUGGAGGCUUUCCACACCUGGAUUUCUAUCCCUUUCUGUGUGGUGUAUCUGAUAGCACUGCUUGGUAAUGCUGCCCUCAUCCUUAUCAUUGGGACAGAGAGUGCUCUUCAUGCACCCAUGUAUCUCUUCCUCUGCCUUCUCUCACUCACUGACCUGGCUCUAAGCUCUACCACUGUACCAAAGACACUUGCCAUUCUUUGGCUCCAUGCUGGAGAGAUUUCCUUUAGCGGAUGCCUAGCACAGAUGUUUUGUGUUCAUUCUAUCUAUGCUCUGGAGUCCUCAGUUCUCCUUGCCAUGGCCUUUGAUCGAUAUGUGGCUAUCUGCAACCCACUGAGAUAUACAACCAUUCUCAACCAUACUGUCAUAAUUCAAAUUGUCUUUGCUGGAAUAUUACGUAGUGUGACUGCUGUAUCACCCUUCAUCUUUUUGCUGAAGCGACUGCCCUACUGUGGUCACCGUGUCAUGGCUCACACAUACUGUGAGCAUAUGGGCAUUGCUAGGCUUGCCUGUGCCAACAUCACUGUCAACAUUGUCUACGGGCUCACUGUGGCUCUGCUGGUUGUGGGCCUGGAUUCAAUCCUCAUCGCCAUCUCCUAUGGCUUCAUCCUCCAGGCUAUCUUUCGUCUUCCAUCUCAAGACGCUAGGCACAAGGCUCUGAGUACCUGUGGCUCUCACCUUGGUGUCAUCUUGGUUUUCUACACCCCUGCUUUCUUCUCCUUCCUCACCCACCGCUUUGGUCACAACCGAGUUCCCAAGCAUGUGCACAUCUUCCUGGCUAACCUCUAUGUGCUGGUGCCUCCUGUGCUCAAUCCCAUUAUCUACGGAGCAAGAACCAAGGAGAUUCAGAGUCGACUAAUAAGACUACUUCACUUAGGGAAAGGCUCGGCAUUAACUCUGAGCAGAGAUUGAAGAUGACAAAAAAAUACAUAGGCAGGUGAGUCAUCUAGUCAUGGGUGAAUGGAAAUGGGAUGUGUUAAUGACAGCAUGACAUGGGA